AAUGUUUCCACGUUAUUUAAUAUUUUGUUUAGUUAAGUUCCAUUUGAUUUUGAUGUAAGUAUUCAACAUAAUAAGUGUGUAAUAUCAUAUUUAUCAAUUACCACUAAUUAAACUUUGAAUGACAAUGAAAUUAGGUGAAAAACAGGUAUGGCCGCUUGCCCCUGUUACAAUCUUCAACGGUCGGAAAAGUAGCUAUGUGGAUAUGUAUGGAAAUUUAAAGGUAUUAUUGUUUGAACGAAAAGUGAAAUACCAUUUCCUGAAUUUUGAAAUUGCCCAAAAAUUCUACCAACGCGCCGCAUACAUGUAAUUUCUCGAGUGAGUGAAUAUGCAUAUUAUAGGUAGAUACACGAAAGUAUAUAAGUAAUAAUUAUUAUGUAAAAACUAUGUAGUGGGCGGAGAGCCGUGUAGUCCUCCUAUUUAUCAAGAAUCAGGAGCACGUGGUGCGUGCGCAUGGCAUACAUUGCAACAACGUGUUCUCUAACAGAGUGGGGAUUGCAUCUGUCAGUUGUAACUUGGUUAUCGUGGGGUGAGUGGGAAAUGCCCGUCUCUUGAUUUCGCGAUUCUCUUAGGACUACGCAAAACUAAAGUACUAAAUGGUGUGAAAAAAAGUUACAAACAUGGAUAAUUCGGCAUUUGUUCCGAACACGGGUCACAUGAAUUCCCCCGCUUUAGUUGUCUUCUCCCAAGCAACUGGAGGACUUACCGACGGAUUACGCCUGCAACGUCCUUUUAAUACACAGUUUCAGAUGGGGGAUGCCUCUAAAGAGCUGCACCGACCGUUUACUACAACAACUUUUGGCUUAAGGAACAUAGAAGCCUACGGGGGCCUUCCAGCUCAUAUUCUUAACCACCUUCAGCCGCAGUUUUUACAUCCCGGUUUAACUCUCGGUUCUAGUGCUUUUCGUCCUUUAUCCGAUUUGAAAGCUUUCCCGUCUCCUUCAGCUUUUGCACCCCCGAAGUGCUUAAAAAUAGAAACUAGUGGUGAACACGCGUCCGGUAACCAUGGCUUCUUCUCUCCUUCGGAGGAGAGAUACUUAGGUCCUAGUCCGAGAAUGGAUUCGUGUUCCCCAGCGAGCGCUUCCAUGUCUCCACAGCCACACGUAUCAUUGGGCAGUGUUAAAGAAGAAAGUUUGGACGCGCAGAUAUCUGAGGAUGGAGAAACUCAUCCGCAAAAUGCCGAUAGUGACUCACCAGGAAUACAUGAAGAGAAUAGAGGUUUUCGUAUAGGUCCUCUACUUGCCAGCAGCUUUGUAAGCGGAGCGUACACCCUCUCAGUUCCUGGUAUGCCUCCGACAGCCCACUCUGGCUCCAAGACAAGUCUCCUAUUCGAUAAUGGUCUUUCAGGUAAGAGACGAAAAGAUCCAUCCAGUUGUCCAGUUUGUGGAAUGUCUAUAUCACCGGGCGAUUUAGAAACUCAUUUCAUGAGAGAACUGGAUAGACUUUAUAAAUUAAAUGGUUCAGGAAGUAUUAAUCUGAGAACAAGAAGAAAUGAACCUUCUCGACCUCCUGCUCUACCUGGUGAUAGUGGACCGGAAGGGCGGUGGGAGACAUUUCAACGAAUUAAAACAAAUCGACAAGGAAGGCUCAAACUGAAAAUCAGAAAACGAAAAGCUGAUGAUGGAUGUCCGGUCUGUAUGAGUCACAUUCAUAAAGAUGAAAUUUGUUUAAGAAAAGGCACAUCUAAUGAUGAAGAUGAAACUGUUGAUGUGGAAGGUUAUUCUGAAUUAGAAGAUUGGAAUGAAGUGAGAAAGCGUAACUCGACUUCUGUUAGUGGUAAAAAAAGAAAUUUUACAUCCAUGGCAUUAUUUCUUGACCACCAUUUUUCCACAGCCGACCGAAGCAGUCGCAUGAGUGUUGAAACAGAAACAGAAGACCUUAUUGUAGAUGGUGAUGAACCUGAAGAAUCUACGUUUGGUCCUAAGCAAUAUUCAGAAUCGGAUCUUUCGGAUAAAGCAGAAGAAAAAUCAAAACAGAAAGAAGGGACGCAAUCUCAAGUAGCUACAGUUAAUUCUAGUGGAGAUGUGGAAGUUAAAGUAGAGAGUGGCGGACAGCAGUGUGAUAGUAAUGUUAGCACAUCUGAUGCGGAACCUAGCAGCAGGCUUCAAAUGAUCGAAGAAUUGAGGAGUAGGAUAAGGCAACUGGAAGCUGAAGUAACCACGGAAACUGCCACUAGUACAGAUAUUGAAGAAUACAAGUGUCUAAUCUGUUUGGAACAUUACAAAAAGCCAGUCAUUUCAACUGUUUGUUGGCAUGUUCAUUGUGAAGAAUGUUGGCUGCACACACUCGGAAGCAAGAAAGUUUGUCCUCAGUGUGGAAUGAUAACGUCUCCAUCAGAUCUUCGAAGAAUUUUUAUGUAAUUUGAGUAAAAACUGCGACUAUUAUACAAAAAAUAUAUUUCAGCACCGUACUUUACUCAUUGCACAAUUGUAAUAGUAGCUUAUUGUUAGCCAAACAAUUCAUAAACGUUUAAGAAGGAACGUCUUUGUCAUAACACUGCUUUACUCAAUUUACUUAAAAAUUCGUUAAAGGGUUCGUACCUAUAUUGUACUUAUUUACCUUGUUCCUUGUUAUUUUAAAAACUAAUAUAAUCUUAUGUACAUUUGAUGUAGAUAAUAUGUUAAAAUAAAAUGUAUUAAAAUCUGUGA